UAGCCACGCAGUGUCUCUAUGGUCGGGUAGGCGGGGCUAGGAGGAAGAUGGCGGCGCCCGCAGCUGCAGCUGAGCCCCUGGCUUCUGGGGGUCCGCGGCCCCCAGUGUGUCUGUUGGUGUUGGGAAUGGCGGGAUCCGGGAAAACCACCUUUGUACAGAGGCUCACAGGACACCUGCAUACCCAAGGCACUCCACCUUAUGUGAUCAACCUGGAUCCGGCAGUACAUGAAGUUCCCUUUCCUGCCAAUAUUGAUAUUCGUGACACUGUGAAGUAUAAAGAAGUCAUGAAACAAUAUGGACUUGGGCCCAACGGCGGCAUAGUGACCUCACUCAAUCUCUUUGCUACCAGAUUUGAUCAGGUGAUGCAAUUUAUUGAGAAGGCCCAGAAUGUGUCUAACAUCUUAUACAAAACCAAGCUGCCUUUCAUUGUGGUCAUGAAUAAAACUGACAUCAUUGACCACAGCUUUGCAGUGGAAUGGAUGCAGGAUUUUGAGGCUUUCCAAGAUGCCUUGAAUCAAGAGACUACAUACGUCAGCAACCUGACUCGUUCAAUGAGCCUGGUGCUAGAUGAGUUUUAUAGCUCGCUCAGGGUGGUGGGUGUCUCUGCUGUUCUGGGUACUGGAUUAGAUGAACUCUUUGUGCAAGUCACCAGUGCUGCUGAAGAGUAUGAAAGGGAGUAUCGGCCUGAAUAUGAACGUCUGAAAAAAUCACUGGCAAAUGCAGAAAGCCAACAUCAGAGAGAACAACUAGAACGCCUUCGAAAAGAUAUGGGUUCUGUAGCCUUGGACGCAGGGACUACCAAAGACAGCUUAUCUCCUGUGCUGGACCCUUCUGAAUUGAUCCUGACUCGUGGAACCUUGGAUGAAGAGGAUGAGGAAGCAGACAGUGAUACUGAUGACAUUGAUCAUAGAGUUACAGAGGAAAGCCAUGAAGAGCCAGCAUUCCAGAAUUUUAUGCAAGAAUCGAUGGCACAAUACUGGAAAAGAAACAACAAAUAGGACACCCUAGAACACUUCACUUGUUGCUAGAAGUCCAGAAUUUUGGACCUCUGUGUGAAAGAACUAUCCUUACCUCUGACUGGGGGCUACCAUAAGGGACAAUUUUCUUCAGGGUAGCAGAGUUUCUCUUAUUAGAGAAAUCUUGUGACUCAGAUGAAGUCAGGGCGAGAAGACCCUUGGACCUGGCAGGUUAAUGCUGAUUAUUCCUUGGCCCUUCCCCUGUAUUUAUGCAAGGAAGGAUAUACUGAGCUCAUAUUCUUCCAGCCCUACAACUUCAGGUUUUAUCAUUUGAACUCAAGUACUUUGGCUGCUGAGGAAUGGAAUCAAAAGAACAUAGUCUCUUGGUGACCACUUCAGAUCUCUUUUAGGCUGGGUAUAUAGCCUCUACUCGCCCCUCCCCUCCCCCCCCAGCUUCAUGCCCUUGACCCUGCACCAUGAGUUGCCCUCCUAUUAGUAGCCAGGGAAAAGGGAAACAUGAGUUUGUCCAGAACAGCGCCAGAGUAUUCUUGGCAAUCCACCAACGUUGGUAUGAAAUAUGCCUCACACUGUAUAGCUCAUUAUAGGACGCCAGGUUUGUUGAAGAAAGUGGGCAAGACAUGAUUGAUGAAUCAGAAUCCUAUUUCAGUGGUGACUUGGAUAAAGAGUGUUUAAUUUUAACUUUGUUGUAAGACUACUUGUCAUGAUUUCAAAUUAGAAAAUUAUGUAAUUGUGAAUAGAUUCACUUCUGUUCAACAGAGGCUUAAGGCCAUAUGUCCAAAGUUGUCUCAAUAAGGAGGUGAUAUUUUACUAAAGUUUCCCGUGUGCCCAUACUGAGUAAAUACAGAGCUAGGCCCAGAUUGUAUUGUACUCUGAACUUAAUGCAAAGUCUCCUUGGUGAUUUACACAAAGGCCAUGGAUUUAGGUUAGAGGCACAUUUCAUACAUAACAGCCAUUAUAAAGGUUUGCCUUGCCUCCACAUUUUACAGUAUCUUAAAACAGUACAUUUCUUUCAGGGAAUUCUAUCUCUGUGAUUCAGUACUCCAACUUAUUGGUUCUCACAGUAUGGACUAUGAGCAUCAGCAUCACCUGGGGAAUUGUUCAGCUUGCCUCUUAAAACCUGUGAACUCAGAAACCUUGGUGGGGGGCGGGGGGCGGCUAGCAGUCUGUUCUAGUAAGGCUUCCAUGUGAUUCUGGUGCAUAGUAGCCUAUGACAUAAUUCAAGACCAGGUGACUCUCAGAUACUAAUCCUCACAUCAUUUGUCUUCUCAAAUUACCCUAGUCUUGCCCAUCUGGUGCCUGUUCUGCAAUUUAACAUUCUGCAGCAAUAAAAGUGUUUUAUUAUGAA